AAACUGAGGAGCGUGAAAACUAUAACUAGUCAUGACACAUAGACGGGGACAUAUAAAUACAAGUAGGAGAGCACGUUCAGUACAAUUAACGAGAUGGCUCGACUCACGAUAGCUUGUGUUGCCUUCGGGGUUAUAGCUUGUGUUAGUGCUGCACCAGGUUAUGGAGGCGGCUCUGGAGGAUUUGGUGGUGGCUUCGGUUCCGGCGGCGGCGGCGGCGGUGGUUUUGGUGGGGGUGGUGGAUUUGGAGGUGGCAAAGGAGGUGGAUCAGGAGGUAGUCACGGUGGCGGGUUUGGAGGAGGAGGAGGAGGCGGCGGUGGCAUAGGAGGUGGCCAUGGAGAUGGUCACGGUGGAGGCCUUGGAGAUGGCAACGGAGGUGGCAAUGGAGGUGGUCAUGGUGGAGGUCUUGGAGGUGGCAACGGAGGUGGCAAUGGAGGUGGUCAUGGUGGAGGUCUUGGAGGUGGCAACGGAGGUGGUCUUGGUGGAGGCCUUGGAGGUGGAAAUGGAGGUGGCCUAGGAAAUGGUCACGGUGGAAGCCUCGGGGGUGGCAACGGAGGUGGCAAUGGAGGUGGUCAUGGUGGAGGUCUUGGAGGUGGCAACGGAGGUGGUCAUGGCGGAGGUCUUGGAGGUGGACUAGGAGAUGGUAACGGCGGAGGCCUCGGGGGUGGCAAUGGAGGCGGCAACGGAGGUGGUCAUGGCGGAGGUCUUGGAGGCGGAAAUGGAGGUGGAUUAGGAGAUGGUCACGGUGGAGGCCUCGGGGGUGGCAACGGAGGUGGCAAUGGAGCUGGUCAUGGCGGAGGCCUUGGAGGCGGAAAUGGAGAUGGUCACGGAGGAGGCCUCGGGGGUAGCAACGGAGGUGGCAGUGGGGGUGGCCACGGAGGUCAUGGUGGACAUGGCGGAGGUGGUCAUAGUGGUGGUGGACACAGUGGAGGUGGUUAUGGCGGCUCCAGUGCCAGUGCUAGUGCUCAAGCUAGUGCCAGUGCUAGCGCUGGAGGUGGUUAUGGACAUAAAGGAUACGGGCGCUGACACCAGUGUCUUGAAACAAGAAAAAUCUAGACAAAAGCAACCAAUGUGAUAUAAUAGGCUAAAAUAUAAUUGCCAUAAUGAUUCAAUAAUAAAAAAAAUGUUCUCGAAAA